AUGUCUACUACCGAUGAAAAAUCAACGUCAUGGAGUGCCUACUUUAAUAUAACACUACCAGAAGAUUAUAGCUUCUUUGGAUAUUAUAAAUACCGAUCGAAACAAACAGAUUUUACUUCCUCUUUUAAGAAGGAGACGCACAAACUAAAAAAAGAUCUCGAGAAUCUAAUAAAGGAUGGCUCAGAUGAAAAAAGGAAAGGUGCCAGUCGAUUGGAAGAAAUUCGUAGGUUUGAGGUCUCGAACUCAAUUAUACAAGAUACCAUUGAAGUCUUCAAAAAUUCCAUAUCAAGUGUCAAUUCCACCAUCAAGAACGUGAAUAACACAGUGCUCAAAUACAACGGAGCGAUUAAGGGUAUCGAAAAUAUUAAGCCGAAUUCUGAAAGUGUCUUAGGGAAGAGGCAGAAUUUUGGUUCAAGUGAUUAUGAUUCUUCGACUGAAAGUGAUGGAAAUGAAAUGGCAAAAAAGAAGCAAGCCCGGAAAAAAGCUGAAAGCAUCACCACUGAUAACAAUAGUGAUGGUGAAGAGUUAGCCAAUACACUAGGUUAUGAUGGAUUAGCAUUUCUUUUCAAUGAUUCAAAUGAAGAUGCAAUUAUGGGAAAAAUCGACGAAAAUACUCUCGAGGAAGAAAGUAAAUUGCCACUAGCGAGUGAUAACAAGGAUUCAUCCAAAUUUAUACGUGAAGACGUGUUGAAUGCAUUUCGAAAAUACCAAAAUAAAAUCCCUAAAACUCGCAAAGUAUUCACCCCUGCAUAUUGGGGAGUGCUUGAUCUAACUAGAGAAAGUCUAUAUGAAUGUAAAGAAAUUAGUGAAAACGACUUACAACAAUUAUCUCAAGAUUUUGCUAAUCAUGUUAAGUGGGAAUGUGAACCUGCCCCAAUAAAUAUUCAGAAUUACUUUGACAGUCAUUGUGAAAAACUCGACAAUAGUGAUGAAAAUGAAUAUUUCGAUACAAAUGUACAAUUUUUAAAGAUUAACAUGCAUUCUUUCCAAGGAAUGCUGACCGAAGAGCAAUUAAAAAUGACAUCAUCAUUUCCAUUGUUUAACGGAAUAUUUACAUCAAAUCGCAUGAAGCAUGCCUGGGGAGAAAUCCAUUCUCUUUCAAAUAGUGAUGCACGCAAUGAAAAGUCGAAUCCCUAUAAAAAAUCACGAAUGGGAAGGAAGGUUGACAUGAAAGUAACGUUAUUAAAAACACCAAAUAAAUUUGAGGCACUCUUCGGAGAAGUUGCAGGUGGAUUAGGACCGUUUGGAGUUCCUACAGCUUGUCGCAAGAAACGAUUUCUAGAUAAAUUGAAAUUAAUGGUAAUAAUGCGCGAUAGUAUUAAUCGCCUAUUAAAAGAGUGUGACCAUGUGUCCGAUGAUGAAAGGUUAGAAGUUAUAGUCUAUGGCUGGCUUCAGUUUGGCUUAGAGCUGAACUUUUAUGCGAUGGAUUGGAGAGGAUCUGGCGUAUAUAGAUUUGGAUUGCUAGACAGAUGCAGGAUACCUGUCGAUGAUAAUUAUUGUAACAUAUUGGAAGAUGCAUAUUGUAUACUCAAGUUGCUUGAAAAAAAGUUGCUUGAUACCGAAAUAUCUGUAAACAAACUAUUUUUGAACAACACACGAGGGAAAAGACGACAAAUCGUAUUGGAAAACAAAGCGGAACUAAAUAUCACUC